UUAAAGCAAGUUAUUCUUGUAAUAUUGUUAUUAUAAGGAAUCUGUUGAGGCUCCGCUGGUUUUCCUGUCCAGCAACAUUCAAUUACACUUUGCUGAUAUGUUAAUAGACUGUGUACGGCUCCCGGGGCUGCAGAAAUCCUCUUGUUUGUGUUACAGGAAUCGUUUCAUAGCAGCGGAGGAGAGAUUCGGGGAAGCUGCUGACAUUUUGUCGAUACAGCCUGCAGCAUUACUCACACAAGAGGAAGAGCUGCAGAUCAGAUUGUCUGUUAUGGAAGAGGAAACCCACCCAGUGCAGGAGUCGGAGGUAACAUGUGUACAAGAUACCAACAAUAUCAUUGAAAAGAUUCUAUGUGCAACAAAAGACACAAGCCUUGAAAAAAAAAAAUUCUUCAGAAUAAAAAGCUCAGACGAAGAAAACUCGGCUUCAGAUUCGACAUUGGAGUCUACAGAUGUAAUAUACUCACAACUACCACUGAGUCAUGAGGAGAAGUCUGAUUUUGAAAAACAAAGUAAAAUGGAAAACAAAGCAAUUGAAGAAGAUAUAUACCAAGAAGAAAAAGCUAAACUCCAACUCGUGGUAGAAGUUGAAAGCAAAGGAGAAAUUCAGGAGGAAACUCAAAACCCAGAUAUUAUCAUGGAAAAUUCAUUGGAUACACUAGACAAGGGCACAAGCCACACUGAAACAGGAGAAAACAACUACCAAAAAGACACAUUGGAAGAGGUUUUGAGUUCAUCAGAUGAGGGCAUAACAGAAUCAGAAGAGGUUGUUGAUGGCAGUGAAGAAGAGAAGAACAAUUAUACAAAUAUACUGCUGCAUUCAGAAGCUGAGGGCCCUAAGCAAAUGCCAGACAUAACUGAGGAGAGAACUCAAACAAGGAGCUCUGAUGCAGUGAUGUUGGUCUCAACAGGAGAGGACAUAAAACAGCAAGACCAUAAAAGAGCUAAAAGUUAUGAUACUGGAGAAAAAAAACAUCUAAAAGACAAUGUUGGAAACAUCUUGGAUUCAGCACCUGAGGCUAUUAAAGAAUCAGAAGUGGGUGUUGAUAAAAGCCAGGAAGAGAAGAAUCAUGAUUCAGAAGCUGAGGGCACCAAGCAAAUGCCAGAAAUAACUGAGAAGAGAGCUCAAUCCGGGAGCUCUGAUUUGGUCUCAACAGGAGAAGACAUAAAGCAGCAAGACCAUGAAAUAGCCAAAAGUUAUGAUACUGGAGACAACAAACAUUUAGAAGACAAUGUUGAAAACAUCUUGAAUUCAGCGCCUGAGGUCAUCAAAGAAUCAGAAGUGGUUGAUGGAAGCAAGGUAGAGAACUAUGAUACAGAGAUGGUGCUUCAUUCAGAAGCUGAGGGCACCAAGCAAAUCCCAGACAUAACUAAAGAGAAGGCUAAAACAAGAAACUCUGAUUCAGAGAAGAUUGUGGUCACACCAGGAGAGGGCAUAAAACAGCAAGCAAUAGGUUUAAGCUACGAAGAGAAAAUGUAUUCAGAAAAGCUUUCAUGCACAUUCUGCGAGAACCUGUCCCAUCUAGUUACUGAAGAAGGUGGAAGUCCUGAAGACAAUCCAAUUAUUGCAGCAAACAAGAAGAAUGAAGAGAAUAAUGAUCUAGAAAAGUUGUUGUACAAACCAUCUAAAGCCACAAAACACCAAGAAUCAGAUUAUAAAGGCAAUGAAACUCACUCUAAUUUGGAAAAACUGUUGUCUUCGCCUGCCAUGAACCCAAAAUAUCCAACCUUUGUACUAAAUGCAAUUCGUCAGCUGAUAUUUCUGAAGAAUGUUUCAUGGAUUGUUCUUCUGUACUUUUGUUAUCAGAGCCCUUUCAUGUGUUCAGAUGGCUUCCCUAUAAAUUCCGUUUGGCGAGAGUACUGGGCCAAUGGCACCAAUCUGUUGGCUCAGAACCUGAAGAUUCACAACUGGGACGCUUCCUGCAGUCUGACAUUCAACAACACCCCGCAAAUCAAGAACUGUUCUGAUUCAUCCCUUGCUGUUUUAUUAAGCAACACAAUUCUGCUGCUUGUAGUCAGGGAACCACCAGAGACAUCAUGGUACCUGGAACACGGAUCUUGUAGAGAAUGUCUGGGGCUGAGUGAACUCUUCAUUGCUGGAGAUCGAUUUCAUGAUAUGGAAUCUGUAAUGAAAACGUUAAGGGAUUAUACAAAGGAAUUUGCUCCAGCGUCUCUCCUGCUGAACUCCACUGACACCGCUCCAGCUCCCGGCUCUUGUAAUCAUGUCUGUGUGGGUUUACUGGUUGGAUUGGGACUAAUGGUUAUAUUGGCUGUGUCCUGUUAUGUCGUCACACGAAGAUUCUGUGUCAGAGCACGACCCAGAGAUGGCAAUGUGUCUGGAACACCUCAAGAAAGCAUAACGCUGAAUGAUAAAGAUGUCAGUGAUGAAGAUGAGAGAGGAAGGCAGACAUCUAAUGGCACCACUGGGAAUGUCUCUAAACAAGUCCAGGAGAAACAAGAACUUGUGAUGAAUGGAAAAGUACAAGAAUCUCAUGUGGACACUGGGGAGUCCCACCAGUUGAGCCACCAGCCCUCAGCAGGAAUCUAAUUGAAGUUCUCACAUGGCACAGGUUUCUGUCCUUCACUUGGAACCUCAUGGAUUUUGUCCAGAUUAUCCUUAUUUGAACAGGGACAAGUGCUGAGAAACUUCAUUGGCCUAAAAGCAAUGCUGUACAGUUGUACUUGGGGGGAGUGAUAUUAUACUGUAGUUAUCCUGUUACUGCUCAUGAUGUUCCUGUAUAAUUUCAUAUUCAUGUAAAGGGAUUGCAGCACAAUGGGAAGGCUAUGGGAGGCUUCAGACAGUCAGCAGGAGACAAUGGCAGAGGCAGGGAAUGGGAAUGAGGCUACCAAUGAAUGGGUUCCCAUGGGAGAUGUGUGGUGGACAUUAUCUAAACCUAAAACUUCAAGCAGAGGUUACGCCCCCAGCAGAAUAGUCAGGACUAGAGUGAUAAGCAGCCCUGUGCCCCACCGUGGAGGUGAAAUGGCAGUCUCUAGUCAAUGACAAUGCAGUGGAGCUCAUUACAAGUCCCGCAUGAAUGUGACAAAAAAGUUUCCCUAUCCCUACAAAUUUACUGGCAAUGUAUUAGCUGGUAAAUCGGUAAUCCCUAUUGUUCCGCCCCCUGCGGCCUCAGAUCUGCCCCUCUCAGCUCUCCUACUCACCUAAUCCAAGAGCUGCAGUUCCUUCCUGGCCAAACCAGAUUUGAAACUUUGUGACCCCCCCCCCGAAACAUCACAACUCCGCCCCCGAAAUGGCAUAACCCCGCCCCUCUCCGGGCCAUCACUGGCCAGCAGGGCCAGAACUAAAAGGUGGCAACCCUAAGUGGGGGUGAGGAUCACAUUGGUGUGUUGAUGCCGUGAUCUCCCGGUCAUUGGUCCAUGGGCCAAACAAUCAUUUAGCCAGAUAUUUCCUGAAUAUUUGGCAACCUCAACAAAUAGUCACAUGUUUAGGUGUAUUGGCAGCUUCAGUCUAGUAUCACUGCAGUCUGUACAUAUCUACACCCUAGAGCCUUACAAACAAAUGAUUAAGCACGGCUCACCAUUAUGUUCACCAAACAAAUCAGCUCAUUUACUGACAGCCAGAGGCUGUGUAAUGUUUAAUAAAUAAGCUUUAUGCUGUCACAUGGGUAUGAGCGGAAAACUAGCAUUAAUAAUUGACUUAUUUAUAUUUGAUAUAUUAUUGUGAACAAGCAAUUGGAGCAAACAUGCUAUCACCGUGUCAUGCUUUAAAGGGACUGUUCACCUUGUU